UUCUUUGUGUUGUUUAAAUUAACCCUGCCUCAUCACAUGAUAUAUAUACAAUGAUGCGAGCGAGCCCUAGAAUGUUGUGCUGGGUUAAUUAAUUAGCUAGGAUUAUUGUGCUUUGUUGUAUAUCAGUUUGAUGUUUGUGUGUGUCUCCGUGUGUGUGAGAGAGAGAAUAUAGAUAGAUAGAUGGGGAAGAGAGAGAGAGAGAGUGAGAUGUGAGACCACAGAAUCCCAAUUAUAUAAUAUAUGCUAGCUCCUGUCUGAACCUUUGCGCCUCUAUCUUCUUGUUAGAUCCUCUUCCUUACUACAUACACACUUACUUUACUAGAUAUAUAAAUGCAUUUUCUUCUAGGAGAAAGAUAGAUACACAGAGCAUCCAUCAUCGCAUAUAAAUGGCGGCAAAAGCUUUCGCUUUGGUGCAGGCUGAUGCCAUUAAUGGCGGUACUGCCGCCGGUGAAACUCCAGCACUAGUCAGUAAUAACAACCCCUCCAGAAAUCCAACAGAUCAUAUAGUUAGUCCUCCUCAAGGCAGCAAGAUGGUGGCUCGGAAGAGGGCGGCGUCCGAGAUGGAGCUACACGCCGCCGCCGCCAGAUUUCCUCGCCGAACAGUAGGUCAGGUAAACGCCGAUAAUUACUCACCAGUACUACUGGCUAAUAAUAAUAAUAAUAUUAAUAAUAUUAGUGUUCCUAAUCCAAUACCACAACAAUUAGUCGUUCCCAACUACUCCACUGGGACGAUGAUGAUGAUGCCAUCAUCAUCAUCAUCGUCUAAUGUCAAUAUAUUAAUGACGUCCGGAUCUGGGUCAGACAAUACUGCUGCUGCGGCUUCUGCUUCUGCUUCUGCUUCAACGAAUAAGAAUAAUAAUAAUAAUAAUAAUAAUAAUAAUAAUAAUUUCAUGGACUCCAAUUCCAUGACUAAUACUACGACUAGUAGUGGUGCUGCCCCUUCUGUUUGUGUAUUCUCCGGCCUUCCUUUGUUCCCUCCAGAUAGAAACCCUGUGAUGAUGGAGGACACUACUACGGCUACGGCUACGACUACGGCAUGGAUCGACGGCAUCAUAAAAGAUCUGAUCCAGGGCUCCUCCAAUCACGUCUCCAUUCACCAACUCAUACUCAACGUCAGAGAGAUCAUACACCCUUGCAACCCCAAUCUUGCAACCCUUCUCGAAUAUAGACUCCGCUCUCUCACUACUGAUCAAGACCACCAAGCCAGAUUAAUUUCAAAGCCUCCUCCCCCCAUCUUGUCCAUUAAUAACAGCUUAUUGAUGCUCGACUGCCCAUCCCCACCUGGGAACCCCUACCACCUUCAAAACAUGGUCAUCGCUUCUACUUUUAAUCCUGCCACCACCACCACCACCUCCACAGCACCCACUCCUUGUGUAGUUUCUCCUCCCGAACAGCAGAAUGAUCGUCUAACCACAACUGCUGCUGCCGCUGCUACGUCUCCACCUAGUCUUAUUAUUAAGGAGAGGAAAGAGGAAAUUCGUCAGAAACAAAAAGAUGAACAAGGUCUACACCUCUUAACCUUACUUUUACAGUGUGCCGAGGCAGUAUCAGCUGACAAUUUGGAAGAGGCUAACACCAUGCUCUUGGAAAUAUCCCAGCUCGCAACCCCCUUUGGGACGUCUGCACAGCGUGUGGCUGCAUACUUCUCUGAGGCCAUGUCUGCUAGAUUAGUGAGCUCCUGCUUGGGAAUAUACACAGCCCUGCCAACUGUACCACACAGCCAGAAGAUGGCUUCCGCCUUCCAAGUCUUCAACGGGAUUAGCCCCUUUGUCAAGUUUUCUCAUUUCACAGCGAACCAAGCCAUUCAAGAAGCAUUUGAGAGAGAAGAUAGGGUCCACAUUAUAGACCUCGACAUAAUGCAAGGCCUACAGUGGCCGGGUCUCUUUCACAUUCUUGCAUCUCGCCCAGGUGGGCCUCCCUUUGUCCGCCUCACCGGUUUGGGCAAUUCCACUGACGCCCUAGAAGCCACUGGCAAGCGUCUGUCCGAUUUUGCUGAGAAAUUGGGACUGCCAUUCGAGUUUUCGCCUGUCGCUGAGCGAGUUGGCAACCUCAACCCAGAAAGGUUGAAUGUGAGCAAGAGGGAGGCUGUUGCUGUUCACUGGUUGCAGCAUUCUCUCUAUGAUGUUACUGGAUCAGACACCAAUACCCUCUCGCUCCUGCAGAGAUUAUGUCCUAAAGUGGUGACGGUUGUGGAGCAAGACUUAAGCCACGCGGGUUCUUUCUUGGGAAGAUUUGUAGAAGCGAUACACUAUUAUUCGGCCAUGUUUGACUCUUUGGGAGCUUGCUAUGGGGAAGAAAGUGAGGAAAGACACAUAGUGGAACAACAAUUGUUGUCAAGAGAGAUAAGGAACGUGUUGGGUGUUGGGGGGCCAUCGAGAAGUAGCACUAGUAUUAGUAUGGUGAAGUUUAACAACUGGAGAGAGAAGCUCGAGCAAAGUGGGUUCAAGGGUAUCUCUUUGGCAGGCAAUGCUGCAGCACAAGCUACGCUACUUCUGGGAAUGUUCCCAUCAGAUGGUUACACCUUGGUCGAAGAUAAUGGCGCCCUCAAGCUUGGCUGGAAGGAUCUCUGCUUGCUCACUGCCUCUGCUUGGAGGCCUUCCUUCCCCACUCAUACUGCCUCUCGUCACUUUUAGUGAUGCUCCAUCUAUAAAACGAUAUUUUGUAGCUUUUUGUUUGCUCCAUCUGAAAAACAAUAUUUUGUAGCUUUUUCUAUAUUUAGUUUCAUUGUAUAACUGCUCUUGCUGGAGGUGUGUUUUUUCUUGUCCAACUGAAUAAUUAAAAUUUCAAAAUUCUAUGAUC